UCCUUUAGUCUUUUAAAAAUGGCGCUCUGAAAUCGAGGAUUUUGUUAUCCAUGGGUCCGAAGUAUGUUUCAGCGCAUUCACCGAUCGGCCCAGUUUACCAGAAAUAUUUUGCCGGCGGUGAAGAGUCUCUACGUUAAACAGGAUUCUAGGCUUGUGUCGUCCUUGCCCCUCAGAAUGACCGACCCGGCCGUGAAGAGGGUUGUGAGGGACAUCAUCCGCUCCCCUGAAGACAAGCGGCUGUACCGGGGCCUGGAGUUCACCAACGGGCUGCGGGCCCUACUCAUCAGCGACCCCACUACAGACAAAUCCUCUGCCGCCAUGGAUGUCCAAAUAGGUUCGUUAUCGGACCCUUCCAACAUCUCUGGGCUGGCCCACUUCUGUGAGCACAUGCUGUUCCUCGGCACAGAGAAGUACCCCAAGGAGAACGAAUACAGCCAGUUCCUCAGCGAGCACGCCGGCAGCUCCAACGCCUUCACCAGCGGCGAGCACACCAACUACUACUUUGACGUGUCCCAUGAGCACCUGGAAGGAGCCCUCGACAGGUUCGCACAGUUCUUCCUGUGCCCGCUUUUUGACGAGAGCUGCAAGGACCGGGAGGUCAAUGCCGUGGACUCUGAGCACGAGAAGAACCUGAUGAAUGACGCCUGGAGGCUGUUCCAGCUGGAGAAGGCCACGGGCAACCCCGAUCAUCCCUUCAGCAAGUUUGGAACAGGGAACAAACUGACCUUGGAGACGCGGCCGUCCAAGGAGGGCGUUGACAUCCGGCAGGAGCUGCUGAAGUUCCACUCGACCUACUACUCGUCUAACCUCAUGGGUCUCUGCGUGCUAGGGAGAGAAUCUCUGGAGGACCUGACCUCCAUGGUGGUGAAGCUUUUCGGAGAGGUGGAGAACAAGAACGUCCCCGUCCCGGAGUUCCCCGAGCAUCCCUUCCAGGAGCAGCACCUCAGGCAAUUCUACAAAGUCGUCCCCAUCAAGGACAUCAGGAACCUGUACGUGACGUUCCCCAUCCCCGACCUGCAGCAGUACUACAAGUCCAACCCCGGGCACUAUCUGGGCCACCUGAUUGGCCACGAGGGACCAGGAAGUCUCUUAUCGGAGCUCAAGUCUAAAGGCUGGGUGAACACGCUGGUGGGCGGGCAGAAGGAGGGAGCCAGAGGCUUCAUGUUCUUCAUCAUCAACGUGGACCUGACCGAGGAAGGCCUUCUGCACGUGGACGACAUCAUCUUCCACAUGUUCCAGUACAUCACCAAGCUGCGCACGGAGGGCCCUCAGGAGUGGGUGUUCCAGGAGUGCAAGGACUUGAAUAACGUGGCCUUCCGGUUCAAGGACAAGGAGCGUCCCCGUGGAUACACGUCCAAAGUAGCCGGUCUUCUGCACUACUACCCGCUGGAGGACACGUUGGCGGCGGAGUACCUGCUGGAUGACUUCCGGCCAGACCUGAUCGAGAUGGUGCUGGAUAAGCUGAGACCGGAGCACGUCAGGGUGGCGGUGGUCUCCAAGUCGUUUGAGGGCCAGACGGACAAGAAGGAGGAAUGGUACGGCACAGAGUACAAGCAGGAGGCCAUCGCAGAAGAGGUGCUGCAGAAAUGGGCGAGUGCGGACGUCAACGGAAAGUUCAAGCUGCCCAUGAAGAACGAGUUCAUCCCCACCAGCUUCGAGAUCUACCCCCUUGAAAAGGACCCCCCGCCCGUCCCCACUUUAAUCAAGGACACUGCCAUGAGCAAGGUGUGGUUCAAACAGGAUGAUAAGUUCUUCCUGCCCAAAGCCUGCCUGAACUUUGAGUUCUUCAGCCCCUUUGCCUACGUGGACCCCUUGCACUGUAACAUGGCCUAUUUAUACCUGGAGCUCCUCAAAGACUCCCUCAACGAGUAUGCAUAUGCAGCCGAGCUGGCCGGCUUGAACUAUGACCUCCAAAACACCAUCUAUGGGAUGUAUCUGUCUGUGAAGGGCUACAACGACAAGCAGCACAUCCUGUUGCAGAAGAUCGUGGAGAAGAUGACCACCUUCGAGAUCGACGAGAAGCGCUUCGACAUCAUCAAAGAAGCGUACAUGCGGUCCCUGAACAACUUCCGGGCGGAGCAGCCCCACCAGCACGCCAUGUACUACCUCCGCCUGCUCAUGACCGAGGUGGCCUGGACCAAAGACGAGCUGCGGGAGUCUCUGGAGGAUGUCACUCUCCCACGCCUCAAAGCCUUCAUACCGCAACUGUUGUCACGGUUACAUAUCGAAGCCCUUCUCCAUGGCAACAUCACCAAGGAGUCCGCGCUGGGCAUGAUGCAGCUGCUGGAGGACUCCCUCAUCGAGCAGGCUCACACCAAGCCCCUCCUUCCCAGCCAGCUGAUUCGCUACCGGGAGGUGCAGGUGCCCGACGGGGGGUGGUACGUCUACCAGCAGAAGAACGAGGUGCACAACAACUGCGGCAUCGAGAUCUACUACCAGACGGACAUGCAGACGACCCGGGAGAACAUGCUGCUGGAGCUCUUCUGCCAGAUCAUCUCGGAGCCCUGCUUCAACACGCUGCGCACCAAGGAGCAGCUGGGCUACAUCGUGUUCAGCGGGCCGCGGCGGGCCAACGGCGUGCAGGGCCUGCGCUUCAUCAUCCAGUCGGAGAAGGCGCCGCACUACCUGGAGAGCCGCGUGGAGGCCUUCCUGGUCACCAUGGAGACGGCGGUGGGCGAGAUGAGUGACGAGGCGUUCCAGAAGCACAUCCAGGCGCUCGCCAUCCGCCGCCUCGACAAGCCCAAGAAGCUGGCGGCCGAGUGCGCCAAGUACUGGGGCGAGAUCAUCUCCCAGCAGUACAACUUCGACCGCGAUAAUAUUGAAGUGUCCUACCUGAAGACCUUAACGAAGGAGAAUGUAAUGCAGUUCUACCGGGACCUGCUGGCCAUGGACGCCCCCAGGAGGCACAAGGUGUCCGUCCACGUGCUGUCCAGAGAGAUGGAGACCUGUCCCGUCGUGGGAGAGUUCCCCGCCCAGAAUGACAUCGCCUUGGCCCCCGCCCCCUCCCUACCACCCCACGUCAACUUCAUGGCCGCCAAACUGUGA